AUGAGCAAUCAAGAUGAUAUUUCUACUCACCAAAACCCAGACUCUCUUCAGUCUCAAGAGUCAACAUCACUAGACGCUUUGGCUCAUGCCGAAGAGGUUGGUAUGCCGCUGCCGUCCUCUGAGCACGUGCGCAGAGAAAUGGAGGGUGUAUUGACUGCGGGGAGUAAUUGGUCCAAUACAAUAGAUUGGCACCAGUUAGCGGUUGCUGUGGUUGGGGCAUUGCUACUUACAAUGAUCAGACCAUCACGUGGUAUCCCGCUUGACACUGGAGACUCUCUGGGGACUGUAAAUGCAGCCAGGACAGUCCCAGAACAAGGAUUCACUCAAUGGCCAUUGGACACUCCUGGUGAUGGUAGGGUGUCGAACCAGGCGAACUCCAUUACUGCUCCCGGUAACAAGAUCCAUGAAGAGCUUUCUCCAGCAAUGGGAAUGGUGGAUUCUGAUGAUCACUUCCUUGACGAGGAAACUUCAUCCGGGGGCAGUGAUCACGAGCUCUAG